AUGAGGGCGAUGUUUUUUUUCUUCACGAGACACAAACAGUGAGACAUUCACAUGCAAACCAGGAGUCCGACCACAAUGGAGAUCGGUGACAUGAUUGAGAUAAACAGGGGUGCAUACAAACACUGGGCUCUGUACAUUGGAAAUGGAGAGGUCAUCCAUUUGGUAACUCCAGAUGGGCCUUCAAGAGUAGCUUUCUGCAGUGUUAGCUCAUCCAGCGGCAGUCUUUCCUGUAAAGGCACGAUUACAAUAGAGAUGUUAAAGGAUGUGGCAGCAGGGAAUCCUUACAAAAUCCACAACUACUUGGAUAACGAGUUCAAACCAAGGCCGACUGACGUCAUUAUGAAGGAUGUGAACAAAAUGAGAGGCCGCACAAUACCAUAUGACCUCCUUGGACACAACUGCGAGCAUUUUGUUACUUUCCUCCGUUAUGGCAAAUCAAAGUCCAAACAGGCAGAUGACUUCAUGAAGGAUUUGUUAACUGGUACUGCAGGCCUGCUUGGUGUACUGGCUGCUGUUACUGUUUCUACAGCUGCUGCAGCAAGCACACUCAGUAAAUAAUUUAUUGGUUCUCUCAUGAGUCCAUGGAGAAUGUCAGUAAUGCAAAAUGUUGUUUAUAGUCUAAUGAAUAAAGGACCAUCUCAAA